AUGAAAAGAAUUGCUUCGGGACUGCUCGUGAUACUGAUGUUCACGAGCCCUUGUUGGUCUCAAGAGACAGAACCUGCUCCUCCGGCUGCCCCUGAGGCUCCGGCCGGGGAAAGCUCGCCGAUGCCAGAGCCGGAACCGACGGCGGAUGCGGAAACGUUGAGCGUGGGAGAGGCAACCGUUGAGAUUGAAUUCGUGCUUAACGAGGACGAGUCGGCCAUUUUGAAGGCGAUCGAGUCGUACGCCGAGGCGUUCAACAAGGGAGAUGCCAAAGCAUUGGCCCAGCACUGGACCGUUGAUGGCGAGUUUGUAACUCCAUUUGGCGAUGUCUUGAAAGGACGAGCGGCGCUGGAAGAAGACUUUACGGCGUACUUUGAACAGAAUGCCGGGGUCAAGUUGGAGCUAGUGGAUACGCAAAUCAAAUUGCUUUCGCCGCACGUUGCCUCGGAAACGGGAGUGGCUCGCGUUCUGCUACCAGAGCAAGAGCCGAGCGAAACGAUUUACGAAGCCUUUCACGUGAAAACGGCAGAAGGCUGGCGAAUCGAUAGCGUUAAGGAAGACGCGCCUGCUGAACCUGCCCCUAGUCAUUACGAACGUUUGCAGCCGCUUCAAUGGAUGAUUGGGACGUGGGUAGACGACUCGGAAGAUGACGUGACGGUUGAAACGAGUAGCCGCUGGACGACGAACCAAAACUUCAUUGUGCGGACAUUCCGCGUGUUCAUGGAUGGUGUCGUCGACUUUGAAGGAAGCCGUUGGACGGUUCAAUCACUCAACGUCCUGCCUGACGGACGACGCGGAUCUUCGACGAAUAUCUAUGACUUGGUCGACGAGAAUACUGUGCAGUUCAAAACAAUCGGACGUCAAGUCGACGGUGAACUGCUUCCCAACGUUUCUUCGAUCACCAUCAUCCGCGCUGAGUAG